AUGGCAACUAAAGCAGCCCCUAAGAUGAGCUUGAAGCUUCUAAUCAACAAAAAGGACAAUAAAGUUGUCUUUGCUGAAGCUGAAUAUUCUUUCAUAGAUUUCCUAUUCAACCUCCUGACUUUGCCCAUUGGCACCAUCGUGAGUUUCCUCCCAAAAGAAAAUUGCCUAAGAAACCUGCAUGAAAGUAUCAACAAACUGGAAGAAGCAUACUUGCUGCCUAACCAGAGCAAUGACUCGCCCCUAAAACUGAAUACACCAGUCGAUGCUAUUCUUCCUUUCUUUGAUCUUCCUUUAUCAUGGAGUGAUAGACAUGUGAAGGACGACUUGGUUACGUACAUGGUGGCUAAUGACUUGUCGGUUACACCCAUGUCUAUGACAUCAACCAUGGCUCUGUUUAAAAAGUACAACAUAAGUGAAGUUGGUGUUCUUGAGGAAAAGGUGGUUGCCAUUGGCCUUGAAGAGGCUUUGGACCUGUUGCAUUGUGCUUUGCAUUCCAAGGAAGCUCUCACUAAGGUUUUCCUUGAGAAAGAAGAAACAAAAACAAAAGAAGGAUAA